AUGGCGACAAUGCCGCCGGACCAACAACGCGCCGCCGUGUCCGAGCCCCUGCCCCCCUGGCCAGCCUCCCUCCCCUCCUCCGCCUCCUCCUCCUUCUCGGCGUCGGCGUCCUUCCCCUCCUUCUCGGCGUCCUCCUCCCCGGCCGACGCAGCGCCGACGCCGGUGCGCGCCGACUCGUCGGCGGCGUGCAAGGCGCUGGCCGUGCUGAGGGACGCGCACAGGCCGGGCGCCGGCUCCGUGUCAUGCCUCUCGCUCUGCGGCGAGUUCCUGCUCAGCGCCUCCACUGGCUCCGACAUCGUCGCCUGGCAGCAGCCCGACCUCCGCCUCUUCGCGCGGUUCGGGCAUGGCGGGGAGGGCGCCGUCAAGGCUCUGGCGGCCGCCGGCGGGCGGGUGUUCUCGGCGCACCAGGACGGCCGCGUGCGCGUGUGGCGCGUGUCGCGCAGCUCCGAGAACGCGUUCAAGCUCGUCGCCGCGCUGCCCACCACCAGGGACUACCUGGGCCGCGUGUUCCGCCAGGCCAGCUACGUGCAGGCCGGGCCCCGCCGCGGCCGGCGCGGCGGGCGGCGCCUCUGGAUCGAGCACGCCGACAGCAUCUCCUGCCUCGCCGUCGCCGCGCAGGACGGCGUCGUCUACUCGGGCUCCUGGGACCGGACGCUCAAGGUGUGGCGCAUGUCCGACCUCCGGUGCCUCGAGUCCGUGCGCGCCCACGACGACGCCAUCAACGCAGUCGCCGCCGACUGCGGCGUCGUGUACUCCGCCUCCGCCGACGGCCGCGUCAAGGCGUGGGAGAGGGGCAAGGCUGGCGCCGGCACGCACACCCUCCUGGCUGUCCUCGUCGCUCGCGAUGGUGUCUCAUGGAACGCCGUCGCGGCGAGCGGCGACGCCGGUGCCACGGGGCGGCGCGUGUACGCGGCCGGCUCUGACGGGCACGUCCUCGGAUGGGACCGGCACGGCGCGCGGUGGAGCCUCGCGUGCGACGUGAAGGCGCACGCCAUGGCCGUGUUGUGCAUGUGCGUGGCCGGCGACCUCGUGUGCACUGGCUCCGCCGACAAGACCAUCGGCUUGUGGCGCCGGCAGCCGUGCGGCGGCCUCGCCAAGGUGGGCGCCGUCGGAGGCCACGAGGGCCCCGUGAAAUGCAUCCAGGCCUCCCUGUGCAGGGCCAGCAAUGGCUAUAUGCUGUACACCGGCGGGCUCGACAAGAGCAUCAGAGUCUGGUGGGUGCCGAAUGGGGCCAACGGCGACGAGCGACCGGGAGAAACGGACGCCAAGGAUCACAGGCCCUGCGUGUUCCUGAGGUGA